AUGGCCACUUCCACAGACCAGGAAUCCCCCUCUAAGCAUGACGGCUCCUUGCGUUCAACAUCAAUCCAGUUGCAAGAUAUUAAUAAAGAAGAGGAGGGCAAGAAUAGUUCGUUAAAUGUGACGAGAAAUAACGAAACACAUGGUGCCGAGUCUAACGCAAACUCAAAUUUGGUAGGCUGGGAGGAUGGCAACGACGAGGCAAACCCUCAGAACUGGCCAGAGCCUAAGAAAUGGGGUAUGAUUAUAUUGUUGGCUUUCAUCACCUUUAUCACACCGUUAGCCUCAUCUAUGUUCGCCCCAGGAAUCCCUCAAGUAUUGGAAGAAUUCGGAAGUACAUCUAACACACUUGCUACCUUUCUCGUCUCUAUAUUCGUUCUGGGAUUUGCAUUUGGUCCACUGUUAAUGGCACCAAUGAGCGAGAUAUACGGGCGUCUACCAGUCUAUAACAUAUGCAAUGUCUUGUUCCUCAUCUUUACCAUUCUUUCAGCUGUUGCAACCAAUAUGGGCAUGCUUCUUGCUGUUCGCUUUUUGGCGGGCGUCGCUGGGGUCGCUGUCAUUACGUGCGGCGGUGGAUCGAUUUCGGAUAUGAUGCCUCCAGAAAAGAGGGGCAGAGCGAUGGCGAUCUGGUCUGUAGGUCCAAUUCUAGGGCCUAUGAUAGGACCUGUUGUAGGCGGGUUUCUAUGCGAAUCCAAGGGGUGGCGCUGGGUGUUCUGGGUUCUUACAAUUCUGUCGGGUGUCAUCACUUUGAUAUCAUUUUUCUUGUUGCGAGAAACAUAUGCUCCCGUCCUUUUAACCCGCAAAGUUGCCCGUUUGCGGAAAGAGACUGGUAAUACUGCUCUAUGCUCGAAGCUUGACACUGGGCUCAGUGAGAAGGACGCCUUUCUCUAUAAUAUUGUUCGACCAGCAAAAAUGUUCAUUUUCUCUCCAAUCGUCACUAUGAUGUGUGUGUACAUCGCCGUCGCAUAUGGAUUGCUUUAUAUCCUCUUCACAACUUUCACGUUUGUCUUCAGAGAUCAAUAUGGCUUCAAUUCUUCAAUGGCAGGACUAUCGUUCCUUGGCUCUGGGGUGGGCACUGUGGCGGGUUUAGCUUAUGCCGGCACGCUCUCUGAUCGCAGUAUCCGAUCGGUAAUCAAAGCAGGGCGGCAGCCACGUCCUGAGGACCGUCUUCCACCAAUUAUUACAUUCCCGGCAGCACUCGCCAUCCCAGCUGGCUUGUUUAUUUAUGGUUGGGGAGCUGAGAAACGGGUACAUUGGAUAGUUCCUGAAAUAGGAACAGCCGUCACUGGUUUUGGCAUGAUUGGAAUAGUCAUGUGUGUUCAGACUUACCUAAUAGAUGCCUUCACGAGCCACUCUGCAAGCGUCAUUGCCGCCAGCGCCGUUCUGAGAAGCCUUUUUGGUGCUCUCUUCCCCUUGUUUGGUUUGAAUCUAUACAACAAAUUAGGGCUUGGCUGGGGCAACAGUUUAUUGGCGUUUAUAGCUCUGGCAUUGGCGAUCGUUCCGUGGGCCUUUUGGGUGUAUGGUGAGCGUAUAAGGACGAACCCAAAAUGGCAGACGAGGUUUUGA